AUGUAGACUUUUUCCACUGAGUAAUGAAUAAUAGAUAGUCCUCUUUUAUUUCGAUUUACAAACUGACCUCACAAGAAUUUGACUGAUCUAAAUAGCAAUUACAAGUUGUUCAUCAAUUGAAGUACAAUGCAAAAAAGUCAUUCGUUAGUUAUAGGCGAACACUCGGAUAUGUAGAAACUUAAAAAAAAAGAAAAAUGAAAAUUGGAUUUGAACAAAGAUCAAGCAUGAUCUUUGUUCUUAUUUUCGCCCUUGGCCUCGGAUUGGUAGGCUCUCAAGAAUUUGAAGGCAAACCAGCGGGAAAAGGCAUGGAAAAGCAAGGAGGUGGUGGUGGAGGGGGGAGUUUUGGAAGCGGGGGAGGAGGUGGUCCUGCGUAUGACACUUACCCUAGUGGUGGUGCAGGAGGAGGUGGUGCAGCGUAUGAUACUUACCCUAGUGGUGGUGCAGGAGGGGGCGGUGCAGCGUAUGAUACUUACCCUAGUGGUGGUGCGGGAGGGGGCGGUGCUAUAUAUGACUCUUACCAAGGUGGUGGAAGAGAAGGUGGUGCUAUGUAUGACACUUACGCUGUAGGUGGCGGAGGUGGAGCUCAGGACUACAGGUCAGGUGCAGGUCUUGACGGAGGAAGAGGACGACCGGCUGAGUACAUAUAUGACACACCGAGAGCCGAUGGAAGGUCUCCUGAUUAUUUCUAUGACUCUCCUGGAUCAGGCUCGCGAGACUCGUCAAGAGGUGGCCGAGGAUCACCUGAUUAUAUGUAUGACGUGCCUGCAGGAGAAGGGCGUGGCAGAGGGCCUCCUCCUGAUUACAUUUAUGAUACACAAGAUGGUCAAGGGGGUAGACCUAUGCGAGGCGGCGGUGAAGGAAGCAGACGAUCGUCACCUGAAUACGUUUAUGACACUCAUGAUGCCCGAGGGGGUAGAGAUGGUGGUCGUCCACGUGAUACAGCAGCAGUUGAAUCAUUUGACUAUGAUGCAACAGGUGGCGGAAGAGGCGAUCCUGGAUACAGUCACGCAGGAGAAUCAAAAGAGCAUGCUCCAGCCCCAAGGCCUCGGCAAAAUAACGUUCAUAUGAUUUGUGACAUGGUUCCAAAAAAGAAAGGACACACACACCACGGGCAUCAUGCACCACAUUCACACCACUCACAUUCACGUUAUAGACGAACAGCUGCACAUAAACCACACGGAAGUACCGUUCAAGUCAAGUGCCGAAAUGUUAUGAAAGGUCAUAGACCCGCACGUAAACACCAACCGUCACCAAAGCGUCCACCACCACCUCCAAAGAAACGACCACCACCGCCAAGGAAAAAACCUCAACGCCCACCACCACGAAAGAAACGCCCUCCACCGCCUAAGAAGCGUCCACCUCCGCCGCCAAGAAAAAAGCCCAAACAUCCCCCGCCUCCAAAACGUCCACCACCUCCAAGGAAAAAACCUAAACAUCCUCCACCAAAGAAGCGACCCCCACCCCCGCCGCCACACAAACACCCGCAUCACCAUCCACCCCCUCCCAAGCAUCCUCCACCUCCACGCCGACCACCGCCCAAGAAACCGAUGGCUGGCGGUCAAACGUCGAUGAUGAACAAUAUGUUAACACAAAUGAUGAUGACGAUGAUGUUAAGGGGAAAUAUGGGAUAAAAUAUAAAUAAUUUAUAGCGUUUCAAAUUAUUUCUUUUAUAUUUUUACUAGUAAUAAUUACUUGUUACCGUUCGCAAAGGUUCAUUGUCAGUACGCUUGUUACCCCUAAUAUACAAAUAGCUGAAGCUGUAAAUUAAUCUCAUCCUUUUGAUCUGUUAAAACUUUGGUAAAAUACAUUUAAAAGAAUUAUUACGAUUUUGUCUUUUAAUUUUAUUGUUGAAAUCCUGAUGUGUAUAAUAUAAAACCAAAUAUCAUGAUUUGUUCAUCAAGAUUGGAACAAUAUACUAGUAUUUUGUUGUUGUUUUUUUUACAAUAAUGUCAUUUUGAUAUAAGUUGGUUUUCUAAACUUAGGGUAUGACAUUGAAAUUAUUUUCCUACUUUCUUUUGAUCAAAGAUAUGAUAUUUAUAUCAAAAUAUCGAUUUUCUGCAGAUUCUUAAUUAGUCCAUUAAACCUCUUUGAUAAAAAAAUAUGUUAAUUAAUGACCUAAGUUUCGAUAGCAUGGCAAAAUAUUUCACGUUAUUUGGAUACAUCUGAUUCAAUCAGUCUGGUGCAAACAAA